AUGGACUCGAUAUCCGAUUACCAGUUCUUCCUGUUGAUAGCAGUCUUUGCUGCAAGAAGAGAUGCCGGUCGCUUGGCACAAUUGCUGCCAAGUUUUACAAAGCAACCAGACUUCUAUGACGCAGUGGGCGUUUUAUGGCCAGAGCUGGAUGAUCCAGCUCGCUUGAAGUUCCUUUUCGAAAUCCCAGGUGCGCAUAAUGCUGAUUGUGAGGAGUUGUUGAUACAAGUGAUUGACUCCGAUGAGAAACUGAUACCUAUAGUCGAGAUGGAGCACAGCAUUUUGCAGGAAAGAUAUCGAGCGACCAGGAAUUAUGUGGAAUCACGGUUGAAGGAGAUACCGGACUGCAAAGCUUUGGAAUUCGACACAUUUGAAGCAAAAUGGAUGAGAAGGCGUAUGAUUCUGUGUAACAGGUAUACUCCAGAGGAGGCUACGUCAUAUAGACCGCUUUGGUCGGUUGUUAAAUCAGAUGUGAAUUUCGAUAAGUGGAUCGAGGGAAUUGUGCAACCUCUACAGCAUAUCAAUAGAAGACUGAGCAGAACUCUCACAAUUGAAGCAUUCGAGGCGAUGGGGGCGUUAGAAGCAUUCAAGCUAAUUCUGAAAACGGAGCCAGAUUUUCCUUCAACGGUAAUACACCGUGAGGUGAUCCCUUAUCUCACGAAUUUAAACCUCUAUGACCUGUUUUUGGAAAAUAUCUUUACCGAGGUCUACUUCCCUUUGAAUUCUACCGGCAACAUUCGGAAUUUCUCUUACCUGUAUGCAGAGCUGUGCAAAGUGUCACCUAGUGCCGAAGCUAACUCGCGCGUGCAAGCCCAGGCUGCGCAGAUCAUCUUCGAUAACAGUUCAGGCUUGCUCAAGAUUGCCAGCUUGCACGAUGUACAAGAACUGCUGUCAAAGAUCGACGACAAAGUUGAGAUAGCGAACUAUGGGAUUACCGUGGGUUUGCUGAAGCAUUACUCAAAAUGCAUGGAAUCGAUUUACAAGAAUUAUAGCUUGAAGGAGAUCUACUCUAUUGCGCAAGAAGAAACACUAGGCCAGCAGGCUCAUUUCUCUGCAAUAGUCAGAGAACAAGUUCUGGGUUGCAGUGAUAACGGAGAAACUGUUCAGGCCAUAUCUCAGCUUUUAGAUGCAUCGAACCCGGAGGAGGAACAUGUGUUCAAGAACCUAACCUUAGAUCAGAAGAUGUCCGUUUUCAUUGAAACGGUGCUUGAAAUGGGAAAGUUUGAACUCCUGGACAGUUUUCUCACAGAGUUCGAUUCUGCUGUAGAUGAGGAAGUGCUUAUAAAGUAUUUCUGGCAUUUCUUCAACAGGGCAUCUAACGGUCUUAGAAGCCGACCAGAAAUGAAAAAUGCUAGACGAACGCUCAAUUUAUUAUUGAAAACGAAUAAAACUAAAUAUGAGCAUUUGGAAGCUCUGCUCGAUGUUGCCAAUGAUCUGUCGACCUACUCUCUCAAUUUAGGGAAAGGAAUUCCCUUUAAACCUUCCGAUUUGCUGACUUUUGCUCCAAGAAUAUUCGAUCUCAUUGCGCUCCUUUUGGAAUUGAAUGUAUCGCUCUAUAAGAACAUGGCUGCCACCCUCCGCAUUGUUGAGAAUUUACAGAUAGGCUUGCAGUUGAAAAGGCGAGACGAUCAAAGUUCGAGCGAGACCGUCACCAAGCUGCUGGCGCUUCAUAUUGAUCAUUCGUUGGCAAACUUGGAUUUUGAAUUUGCAUUAGACGGUGCAAGAGAGUUGCUUGAAAUGAGCAAUAUAUCGUCAUUCUGGCCAACCAUUUUCCAGGUUGGCAAGUUCGUUGACCCUCGCUGGCCGGAUGAGGAAGCUCCGGUCGAUGUUUUGAUGGCUCAAUUGGAGAUUCUUGGAGAUUUAUUGCGAUCAUGCCCUGUAGAAGAAGUUGAAGCCGUGGCAUCCCAGUGGAGUGCUAUAGAACUGGAACUUCUCACGAGAGAUCCUGCUCUUGCAAGCCUUUCUACAGAGCUCGAGGGACCAACGAGGUCCUUGCAAGAUAAUGUGCUAAGUGGUGUUUUACACGCUCACCCCGAUCUUCUAUCCCAUGAUCUUAAGUGA